AGAGAGAGUGUUCACUUUUCCACCAGUGAGGGACACACACUGAAGAGGGUGCAAAAAAUCAAAUCCAAAUUUAAUUGACAGCGUGACUUUUAUGUCUCCACAAGUGUCUCCGCAAUGUCCACCAAGGCAGAGCAGUUUGCUUCUAAGAUACGAUACUUGCAAGAGUAUCACAACCGUGUGCAACACAAUAUAUACCCGGUGCCGUCUGGAACUGACAUUGCAAACACACUGAAAUACUUUUCUCAAACCCUGCUCAGCGUUCUGCGCGAUGCCCCUUCAGACCGCGGGGGGCAGGGGCAGCAGAGUCGGGACGCUCAGCUCUCAGAGUACCCCUCUCUGGACUAUCAGGGCCUCUAUGUGACCCUCGUGACCCUGCUUGACCUGGUGCCCCUGCUGCAGCACGGUCAGCAUGAUCUGGGCCAGUCCAUAUUUUACACAACAACUUGCCUUCUGCCCUUUCUCAGUGAUGACAUUCUCAGCACUUUGCCCUAUACUAUGAUCUCCACUUUAGCUACAUUUCCCCCCUUCCUCCACAAAGACAUCAUUGAGUACCUCAGCACCUCUUUUCUCCCCAUGGCCAUAUUGGGAUCCACGCGGAGGGAAGGGGGAGUCCCUGCCUAUGUUAAUCUGUCUGCUUCCUCUAUGCUAAUGAUAGCAAUGCAGUACACGACAAAUCCAGUUUAUCACUGUCAGUUGCUGGAGUGUUUAAUGAAGCACAAACAGGAAGUGUGGAAGGACCUUCUUUAUGUCAUAUCUUAUGGUCCAUCCCAAGUCAAACCUCCAGCAGUGCAAAUGCUUUUUCAUUACUGGCCCAACCUGAAACCACCAGGAGCCAUCAGUGAAUACCGAGGGCUGCAGUACACUGCCUGGAACCCCAUUCACUGUCAACAUAUUGAGUGCCACAAUGCCAUCAAUAAACCUGCUGUCAAGAUGUGUAUAGAUCCCACUCUUUCUGUUGCCCUGGGAGACAAGCCGCCUCCUCUUUACAUAUGCGAGGAGUGCAGCCAGCGGAUAGCCGGAGACCACGCCGAAUGGCUUGUUGAUGUCCUUCUGCCCCAAGCUGAAAUAUCUGCCAUUUGUCAAAAGAAGAACUGUAGCUCUCACGUCAGGAGGGCUGUGGUCACCUGCUUCUCGGCCGGUUGCUGCGGGCGCCAUGGUAACCGGCCUGUCCGCUAUUGCAAGCGUUGCCAUGUCAACCACCACAGCAGCGAGGUGGGGGCUGCGGCGGAGACCCAUCUGUACCAGACUUCGCCUCCUCCGAUCAACACCCGGGAGUGCGGGGCUGAGGAGCUAGUUUGCACCGUGGAAGCUGUUAUAAGCCUACUCAAGGAGGCUGAAAUCCACGCAGAACAACGCGAGUUUGAACUAAACCGCCGUCGGCAGAUGGGCCUGUCUUCCUCGCAUCACUCUCUGGACAACAUCGAGUUUGAUAACAAGGAGGACGACCAGCAUGACCAACGCCUCCUCAGUCAGUUUGGCAUCUGGUUCCUGGUGAGCUUGUGUACCCCCAACGAGAACACACCCACUGAGAGUCUGGCCCGGUUGGUCAGUAUGGUUUUCCAGUGGUUUCAUUCUACCGCCUAUAUGAUGGAUGACGAGGUGGGAAGCCUGGUGGAGAAACUGAAGCCACAAUUUGUCACCAAGUGGUUAAAAACAGUCUGUGAUGUGCGAUUUGACGUCAUGGUUAUGUGUCUCCUGCCCAAACCCGUCGAGUUUGCCAGGGUUGGAGGUUAUUGGGACAAGUCCUGUAGCACAGUGACCCAACUGAAGGAAGGUCUAAAUCGUAUUUUGUGUUUAAUCCCUUACAAUGUCAUCAGCCAACCACUAUGGGAAUGUUUCAUGCCUGAGUGGCUGGAGGCCAUUCGAACGGAGGUGCCCGACCAGCAACUCAAAGAAUUUCGGGAAGUCCUAAGCAAGAUGUUUGACAUUGAGCUGUGCCCGCUUCCUUUCUCCAUGGAAGAAAUGUUUGGCUUCAUCAGCUGCAGAUUUUCUGGUUAUCCAGCGUCUGUGCAAGAGCAGGCUCUGCUGUGGUUGCAUGUGCUGUCAGAGCUGGAUAUCGUGGUGCCUCUGCAGUUGCUAAUUGGGAUGUUCUCGGAUGGUGUGAACUCUUUGAAAGAGCUGGCCAAUCAGAAGAAGGCACGUGCCUCCGAUCUGACUAGCAACACUGGAGCUCGCAGGGUGAGCGUGGUGUCAGAUCCGGGCCGCCGUGGGCAACACAACACCCUCAGCCCGUUCCCAAGUCCUUUCAGGAGCCCGUUCCGCAGUCCGCUACGUUGUAGUCCGUUUAAAAACCUGGGUCACGCCACUGGCCAUUGCGCUUUGGAUUUAGACUGUGACGACGACGACAUGAACCUGGGCUGUUUCAUCCUCAUGUUUGACCUCAUACUAAAACAGAUGGAACUGCAGGAUGAUGGCGUGAUGCUCGGUUUAGACACCAGCCUGGGGAAAGAUAUUGUAGGGAUCAUCAACAAUGUCUUCCAAGCCCCGUGGGGUGGCUCGCACACCUGCCAGAAGGAUGAGAAGGCCCUGGAGUGCAGCCUUUGCCAAUCCAGCAUCCUGUGUUACCAGCUGGGCUGCGAGCUUUUGGAGAGGUUGACCCCCCGGGAGGAGAUACGCCUGGUGGAACCGACAGAUUGUUUAGAGGAAACAUUAUUGCUUCCUCAGCCAGAUUUCUCCGUCGGAGCAGAGAACGGAAGCGAGGAAGAAGACAACCCGAGUGCGGCGCAUACUGACAACCACAACAACCAUUCUCCUGAUACUGCAUCUAUGAAAAACAACUCAGAUAAGAAGUUCUCCUAUGAGCAACUUCCUGUGUCCUUGAAACUCAUAUACACAAUAUUGCAGGAAAUGUCCAAGUUUGAAGAGCCUGACAUCUUGUUUAACAUGUUGAACUGUCUGAGGAUCUUGUGUCUACAUGGAGAGUGUUUGUACUUUGCCCGUAAGGAUCACCCCCAGUUUCUGGCCUACAUCCAGGAAAAAAUGCUCAUCCCGAGUCUGUGGUCGAUGUUGAAGUCCGAGUUUUGCCAGUUAGCCUCUCUGGCGGUGCCUCAGCUCCUUCACGCUCUCUCUCUGUCCCACGGGGCGGACAUCUUCUGGAACCUCAUCAACACAAACUUCAACAGCAAAGAUUGGAAAAUACGAUUUGAAGCAGUGGAGAAGGUCGCAGUGCUGUGCCGCUUUCUCGAUAUUGGAGCGGUGACUAAAAACCACCUGCUCAAGUACUCUUUGGCGCACGCCUUCUGCUGCUUACUGGCUUCGGUGGAGGAUGUUAAUCCGGCUGUGGCCACCCGAGCCAGACUGCUGCUGGACACCAUUAAGAGGCCAGCACUGCAGGGCUUGUGCCUUUGCCUGGAUUUCCAGUUUGACACAGUUGUGAGGGAUCGGCCUGUCAUCCUCAGCAAAUUGCUCCUGCUUCAUUUCCUGAAGAAAGACGUACCAGCUCUCAGCUGGGAGUUUUUCGUCAACCGCUUUGAAACAUUAUCGCUUGAAGCUCAGUUGCACCUGGACUGUAACAAGGAGUUCCCUUUCCCUACAACCAUCACUGCAGUGCGAACCAACGUGGCAAACCUCAGCGAUGCGGCAAUGUGGAAAAUACGACGGGCGCGCUUCGCCCGGAACCGCCAGAAGAGUGUGCGUUCCUUGCGUGACAGCGUGAAGGGCGGCCCUCCAGAGUCCAAGCGGGCGUUCUCACUCCCCGAGUCACUGAGCAACCGACUUUCGCUAAGGCUAACCAGGCAAGAGCACUCUGCCCCAACACUCGGUGAAAUGAUCGAGAAGGUUCUGCCAGUCUCUCCUACAGGCCAGACGCUGUCUCCUGAAGACGACAGCAUCAUCCAAGACCUACUCCCAGAGGACGCCGGCAUUGACCACCAGACUGUUCACCAGCUCAUCAUGGUGCUCAUGAAAUUCAUGGCCAAAGACAAGAGCAGUGCCGAGGCAGACAUCGGCAGCGCCAAGGCCUUCAACACGGUGAAGCGGCACCUCUAUGUGUUGCUGGGUUACGACCAGCAGGAGGGCUGCUUCAUGAUUGCACCUCAAAAGAUGCGUACCUCGACAUGCUUCAAUGCUUUCAUUGCUGGUAUUGCACAGGUCCUGGACUAUAACAUCGGUUUAGGGAAACAACUGCUCCCCCUGGUGGUUCAGGUUUUAAAGUACUGCACCUGUCCUCAGCUGAGACACUAUUUCCAACAGCCACCCCGAUGCUCACUUUGGGCCCUGAGGCCACACAUGAGACAGAUGUGGCUCAAAGCGCUCCUGGUCAUUCUGUAUAAGUAUCCUUACAGAGAAAUGGAUGGAAGCAAAGUUGUCCUCCAUCUGAUCUACAUUACUAUCAACACCCUGAACGCCCAGUAUCAUAGCUGCCGUCCCCACGCCACCGCUGGUCCCCUUUACAGUGACAACUCCAACAUGAGCCGUUAUAGUGAAAAGGAAAAAGAAGAGGAUAGUGUAUUUGACGAGUCCGAUGUUCAUGACACGCCCACCGGAGCGGCUAACAAGGAGUCGCAAACCUUCUUUGCCCGCCUGAAGAGAAUUGGCGGCAGCAAGUCUGUGAAAUACCAACCAGUCGAGCUGAACGCAAAGAAAAGUGAAAUUGAGUUGUCAGAGUACCGGGAAGCAAGUGCACUUCAGGACAGCAUCCUGCACUGCGUGAGGGAGGAGAGCACCAGGAAGAAACGUCUGCAGGCCAUGAACAAGCAGAAGUCUCUGGACAUCUCUAAUACUGACUCGAUCCUCUUCAACCUGGACGAACAUCGACGUAAAUCCUGCAUCGAUCGCUGCGACUUACGAGCGCCCCCUGCUGUCCUACCCCCAACGGCCUCCGGCCGCAGCAGGCGUCAUGGCAAAGGAUCAUGCGAUGGAUCUUGGGUUCGAACGGAAGGCAGCGAUGCGGUGGACAGGCGGGGCUCUCGAGGAGGACAGUCCGACAUCUCCAAACCUGUCAUACCAGAGGUCCGCCUCAGCUGCAUGGAGACUUUUGAGGACAAGCUGGAUCAUGGUUCCGCUGGGGGGUCAGCUGCGGGAAAGGAAGACCAAGACCUCAUUGACCUCUCCUCUGACUGCACCUCCAUUCCGGAGAAGCACUCCCUGCUCUCCAUGUCUGACAGUGACUCCUUAGUUUUCGAACCCUUACCUCCACUCAGGAUCGUUGAGAGUGACGAGGACUUUGACCUCAACACCAUAAUAGGCUCAAAGUUCAAUGGAAGUCCAAAAGUUCUGGCUUCCCCCGGGAGUAGUAACACAUUGCGGCUGUCCCCUGUGGUGCAGGUGAGUGUGGAGGACUGCUCGAGUGAAAAAAGGAUCACAGACCUUCUGACAGGAGAAGCAUUUUUGGGAAAGAAACUGACUCCUUCAAGUUCUUUGGAACUCCCCGAGCGACUGGAGAACAUCUGCCACGAGAGCCCCAUCAUGACCCUGAAGCAGAAGAGAGACCUGCUGAGGAAGACACCCCGCGUGCCAGACACCUCACUAGAUGAUGCAUUCGGGGCACUCGAGGAGGCCAAGGCCUCAAGCCCCUCCGGCAGAACGAUCUUCUUGGACAUCCCGGAAGACAGAGCCGAACCUCUGUCCUCACCGGAGAGAAGCAACGACGAGGAAGAGGACGGUGACGAUGAGGAAGACGACGACAUGAUCGAUGAAGCGGACAGCGAACUCAAAACGCAUGACGGCGAUGACAAUGACGAAGCGGAGUUUAAAAUUCAGAUUGUUCCUCGACAGAGGAAGCAGAGGAAGAUAGCUGUGAGCGCCAUCCAGAGAGAAUACCUGGACAUCUCGUUCAACACUUUUGAUAAGCUUGGCAACGAGCAGGAUACGGACACAGAUCACAAAGCUAUGUCCACCUUGGAAAAGCCACGAGAAUCUUCCUCAGCGCCAACACUUGAAGCCGCAAUGCCCGAAACAAGCCACCGCUCUUCAGUAUCCGCUCAGUAUCGUCAGGUGAAGCGAGGUUCUCUGGGCGCACUGACCAUGAGCCAAUUGAUGAAGAGACAACUGGAGCAUCAGUCCAGCGCGCCGCACAACAUCAGCACUUGGGACACAGGUUGCUCAUUAAUUGGAGUGACCUCAUUAACCCCGAUAACUUGUAUUGUUUUGAUGAAUGCUUUUCCUGCACUAGGUCCAACAAAAACCAGUCUGCUCUCAGCGCCCAGCACGGUUAGCAUGUUUGUCCCUGCACCUGAAGAAUUCAUUGAUGAGCAGCCGACAUUAAUGUCUGACAGGUGUCGAGACUGCGCGGCUGUGCUGGAAGAAUACGACGAAGAGACCCUGGGCUUGGCGGUGGUGGUCCUUUCCAUGUUCAUCCACCUCAGCCCUGAUCUAGCUGCUCCUAUGCUCCUGGACAUCAUGCAAUCUGUGGGCAGGCUGGCUUCCAGUGCUAACUUUUCUGGACAAGCUGAGAGCAUGUUGAUCCCAGGAAAUGUUGCAGGUGUAGCCAAGCAGUUCCUCCGUUGUAUGUUCCACCAACUGGCUCCAAAUGGAGUCUUGCCUCAACUCUUCCAAAGCAACAUUAAAGAUGGAAGUUUUCUUCGGACCCUUGCCUCCUCGCUUAUAGAUUUUAAUGAGCUGAGUUCUGUCGCUGCUCUCAAUAUGCUUCUGGAGGGGUUGAACAACAAGAAGAGUCUGCCAGCAGGAGGCACUAUGCUGCACUGCUUGGACAACAUUGCUACCUUCAUGGAGGCCCUCCCUAUGGACUCCCCAAGCAACCUGUGGACCACCAUUUGCAACCAAUUCCAGGCCUUCCUCACCAAACUGCCCUCUGUGCUUCCUCUGAAGUGCCCCAUGGAUUCCAGCUUGAGGAUUAUCAUUUGCCUUCUGAAAAUUCCAACCACAAAUGCAACUCGGAGCCUUCUGGAGCCUUUUUCCAAGUUGCUGAGCUUUGUCAUCCAGUAUGGCAUCUUCAGCCUUUCCUACUUAGUCGAAUUGUGUGGACUCUGCUACAAAGCAUUCAACAAGGAGCGAGAUAAGUUCUACAUGUCACGCAUUGUGGUGCUGGAGCUGCUUCAAGCGCUCAAGUUCAAAUCCCCGCUGCCUGACACAAACUUGUUACUGCUGGUCCAGUUCAUUUGUGCAGAUACCGGCACACGGCUAGCAGAAUCCACCAUCAUCCAAAAGCACAUGAUCGCUACAUUGCCCGGGUGCACAACAGCAGCAAUGGAAUGCAUGAGACAAUACAUAAGUGAACUCCUGGACUUUAUUGCAGAUAUGCACACGCUAACCAAACUCAAGAGUCACAUGAAGGCUUGCUGCCAGCCGUUGCAUGAGGACACUUUUGGAGGGAACCUUAAAGUGGGCUUGGCGCAAGUGGCCGCCAUGGAGAUCAGUAAAGGCAAUCACCGUGACAACAAAGCUGUGGUCCGUUAUCUUCCUUGGCUUUACCAUCCUCCUUCCACCAUGCAACAAGGUCCAAAGGAAUUCAUCGAGUGCGUCUCCCACGUGCGUCAGCUGUCCUGGCUCCUCCUGGGAUCCCUCACACAUUGUGCCCUGCAUCAGGGUUCCACUUCCUGUAUGCCCAUCCCUCUUGAUGCUGGCUCCCACAUUGCUGAUCAUCUUAUCGUCAUCCUUAUUGGCUUUCCUGAACAGUCCAAGACGUCGGUGCUGCACAUGUGCUCUUUGUUCCACGCCUUCAUGUUCGCCCAGUUGUGGACCAUCUACUGUGAGCAGGCGGCCGCCGCUCCUACUUUGCAGAACCAGAACCAGACAGAGUUUUCAUCCAGCGCCAUUCUGACAGGCCUGGAGUUCUGGAGUCGUGUGACACCCAGCAUUCUGGAGCUCAUGGCGCACAAUAAGGUGAUGGUGGAGAUGGUGUGUCUUCAUGUUAUUAGCCUGAUGGAAGCACUGCAGGAGUGCAACUCAACCAUCUUUGUCAAGCUUAUUCCAAUGUGGCUACCCAUGAUACAGUCCAACCUUAAGCACCUGUCGGCAGGUCUACAGCUGCGUCUCCAGGCCAUCCAGAACCGCGUGAACCACCAGUGUCUGCAAGCUCAGACGCCGGGGGCGCCGCCCUUCGCGCUGCGCAAGUGGCUUCAGUGCACUCAAUUCAAGAUGGCUCAGGUGGAGAUCCAGUCAUCUGAGGCCGCCUCGCAGUUCUACCCCAUGUAACCUACUUUCUGCAAUUCCGCUCUGAAUAACCAAAAAGGAUGCUCACCUGGGCUGAACUGCCUUUAGUUUGAUAUGUACAGUAGAUCUGUGCUAUUUACUGUUAUGGCUCACUUGCAGAAGAUUUCUAUUUAUCUGUGUUGUGCUCUGAAUGCAAAUGCGUACUCACUCUAUGACAUUCUAUCUUUUUCGACUGAACAAUAAAAGUUCUUUUUUUUUUAGAAGA